GAAAUCCGCCCAACUUCUGCAUUGACUCGUCUGAAGCUUAGGAGCUCUUUUUAGAUUGAAGCACCAACAGAAUGAGUCGGUGCUGGCCAGAAAAUGGGGGACACACUGGAGAAGAGCUCUGAGAAUCCUGAGAUCUCUUUGGACAAUGAGUGUUCAACAAAAAUGGGGGACCUGGUGGAAGUCUCAAGUGGUGGAAAGGUCAAAUUUGACGAUACAGGUCUCUCUCUGGUGCUCCAGAAUGGCCUGGAGAACCUUCGGCUUGAAAAUUCCCUUACAGAUGUCAUCCUGUGCGUGGACAGCAGGGAAUUCUCCUGCCACCGAGUAGUCCUUGCCGCAGCAAGCAAUUAUUUCAGGGCCAUGUUCUGCAAUGAUUUAAGAGAGAAAUAUGAAGAGAAGAUCAUACUUAAAGGAGUUGAUGCAGAGACUAUGAAUAUACUCUUGGACUACACCUACACCAGCAAGAUGCUCAUCACAAAGCAAAAUGUACAGAAAGUCUUGGAAGCAGCCAGCCUCUUUCAGUUUCUUCGCAUAAUAGAUGCUUGUGCCAGUUUUCUAACUGAAGCCCUCCAGCCGGACAACUGCGUUGGUAUCCUGAGGCUGGCUGAUGCCCACUCCUUGCACAGCUUGAAACAACAAGUGCAGAACUACAUUAUCCAGAACUUCACCCAGGUCCUGAACUAUGAGGAGUUCCUGGAGCUGCCGGCCGACAUUCUCUGCAGCACGCUGAAGAGUGAUGACCUCUACGUCACGGAAGAGGCACAGGUAUUUGAAACUGUAAUGAACUGGGUUCGUUACAAGGAGUCGGAAAGGUUUCCUCUCCUGCCGUAUGUGCUGGAGAAUGUCCGGCUGCCCCUCUUGGACCCCUGGUAUUUCGUAGAGACUGUUGAAGCUGAUCAACUGAUUAGACAGUGUCCAGAUGUCUUUCCUUUGCUCCAGGAAGCAAGAAUGUACCAUCUGUCAGGCAAUGAGAUUAUUACAGAAAGAACCAAGCCCAGGAUGCACGAGUUCCAGUCUGAGGUGUUUAUGAUCAUAGGGGGCUGUACAAAAGAUGAGAAGUUUGUAGCAGAAGUGACUUGCCUGGAUCCUUUGAGGCGAAGCCGCCUGGAAGUAGCAAAAUUACCAAUCACAGAGCAGGAGACGGAGAAUGAGAAUAAAAAAUGGGUGGAGUUUGCAUGCAUUACGCUAAAAAAUGAAGUCUACAUAUCGGGUGGCAAAGAAACAAAGCAUGACGUCUGGAAAUACAACGCCUCCAUCAACAAAUGGAUACAAAUUGAGUACCUAAAUAUCGGGCGAUGGAGGCAUAAAAUGGCUGUGUUGGGUGGCAAAGUAUAUGUCAUUGGUGGGUUCGAUGGCAUACAGAGAAUCAACAGCAUGGAAACAUAUGAUCCCUUUCAUAACUGCUGGUCAGAGGCUGCUCCCCUCAUGGUCAAUGUAAGCUCCUUUGCAGCAGCAAGCUACAAGAAGAAACUCUAUGUGAUUGGGGGAGGACCCAAUGGGAAGCUGGCGACAGACAAGACUCAGUGCUACGACCCUGUGACCAACACGUGGAGCCUGAAAGCUGCCAUGCCAGUAGAAGCCAAAUGCAUCAAUGCUGCAAGUUUCCGUGAUCACAUUUAUGUUGUGGGUGGGGCAAUGAAAGCACUCUACUCCUACAGCCCCCAGGAAGACACAUGGUGCCUGGUGACUCAGUUCACCCAUGAGAGAGCCAGUUGUGGGAUUUCUCCUUGUAACAACAAGCUGUUUAUCACCGGUGGACGAGAUGAAAAGAAUGAAGUCAUUGCGACAGUGCUGUGCUGGGACCCUGAAACUCAGAAGCUGACAGAAGAGUGUGUCCUGCCACGGGGGGUGUCUCAUCACGGGAGCGUUACCCUCAGGAAGUCUUACACACACAUCCGUAGGAUUGUGCCUGGGGCAGUUUCUGUCUGACUGUAGGAGAACUGCAAAGGAACCACAUACCUCUGAGCCCCUGUGGCACAGACUGCAAUGAUGAUGUUUUUUAGCUGCAGGUAGCAACGGAUGGAAAUUCCGAAACUGGGGUCAUCUGGGGAGUAUCUGUAUAUAUGCUCAGUCCUUGCAUUUCCUCUGUACAGUAUAUCCUUAAAUUAUCUUAAUUCCUUCCUUCCAUAGAAAAACAAAGGGACUAGCUGUAGUUUACUCCUGCCAACACAAUACCUCCAAUCAGGAAAAG